AUGGGUGCUACAGAUUACUCAACCUUUCUUUUUCUGAAAAUCCGCACAUCGAUCAGAACAAAGUCCCUUCAUCUACGCUUCUUAAGUUGCUCGCUCUAUGAUAUUGCUAUGUCUCCGGUUUUGCUGACGUCUACAAGACAUUCGGUGCUCAUCGUUAUACAUAGAUUAAGUGUCCAGUGUGACUGUAAACGUUUCUUAGGUUGUGCAGCAUUUCUAGUUUUUAUUUUUGUUGGAGCGAUUGUUCUUAUGCUCUUGAAUGACAGUACCCGUGGACCUACGCGUUACACACUACGUGUUUUACAUUAUUGUGCAAAGAGUGGUGUUAUUCAAACUGUUGUUGUGCUUGUGGAUGAAGGAAAGAUGGGUGAGGGGGACGGCAUUGGGAAACGAGUCUUCGGUUGGCUGCCAUGGUCGGGCUCAUCAUCGACGGACGAUGCGGCACUGACAGCGACAAAAGACAUCACGACAACAUCUAUUUCUUCAUCACCUGAAGGUACCAAUUUAGCCGCCGCGAUGCCGCCGAUGAAGAGUAGCUCAUCGUCUUUGUUGGCCACCGUAUCAUGUGCAUCCUCGUCAACUCCAACUGCAGCAGAAAAGAGCAACAACAUCUCGAUGGCGUCUAGCACCCAAGCUACUAGCUCCUCUUCCAACUCAUCAUCUGGUAGCUCAUCCUCGUCUAGUAGCGUGGACCACGAGGCUUAUCUUGAGGAUGUCUCAAAAUGUUAUCCACAGAAGAACGAAUACGAACGAUGUUUUCAUAUGUGGUAUACCCAUUCCUUCCUGAAGGGAGACACAACGGACGUGUGUCAAGGAUACUGGAGUACAUACCAAGACUGCAUUCGAAAACCAUUAGAGAAAUACGACUUGAGUCGGCUGGCGGAUUUUGAUACGCCAGUUUUGGCAACAAAGAGGGGAAGUACAACUGCAACAAGGACAACAUCCUCUGAUUCAAAAAUAAAUGAGAUGCAGAAGACGUGAGAUGAAUUCACCUCUCAAUUACAUGCAGCUCUACUAAUCAUCCAAACUAAAGCUGUUCUUUGAUGUCCUUGUACUUGUAGUGAUUCGUGAAUUUUGUUUCGAGCUGACGGUG